AGACAGAUUUAUUGCUGCAUAACAAAUCACAUACAUAUAAAACGUUACUAUAAAAUACUGACACUGGUCAAAUAUUGCACUAAACAUUAACAUUUGCAUUCUUAGCUGAAAUAACAUUUAAAGAAUAUUUUUAAGAUUAAAAGCUUUAUGAUGGAAACUCUUCAUGAUAAGCAUUCUAGUCAAUGGGAUAUGAUGAAUAAGGAGUGGUCGAGAUUUCGUUCAUUUAUGAACUUUCCAGCAGAGUCGGUUGCGAGUACAUUGAGACUGGCUGAGGCUGGAUUUUAUUACACCGGCUCAGGAGAAGAAGCCGUUUGCUUUUUUUGUGGACUGAGAAAUGAUGCUUGGAGUGAGGACGAGACUGUUUUUGAAGUUCACCGGCGGCUUUCCCCGCAUUGCAGAUAUAUAUGUGGUGGGGAUACUAAUAACACUGCCAUCCAUGGAGAUAACAGAUUGAAAACUGUACAAAAUUAUUCGAAAGGCUCGUAUUUUACAUCAGAGUGUGGGAAAACAUUAAGCGAAACACAUUUCGAACAUUUUAAUUUUAAAAAAUCAGAUUCUGAAAAUGAUAAAGGCAACUAUGCUCCAUCUACGCAUACUGCUAGACAAUCAAAUGAAAAAUACAGAGAAGAGGGGAAUGUGUGUUUAAGCAGGAUUUCGACUCAGCAUGCUUUUCUUGAAAACCAAUGUGUAAAUCAUUCAUCUACAAAUCAAAAACAUGACAUUGGACUAAAGACCGUUUCUACGCAACUGAACGGAGAGAUAGAACUUUAUCCAAGAAUUAGUGAUUCCAGACCUAAACAUUCAGACUACGCUCUGUUAAGUAAACGGCUAGCAUCAUUUUCUCAGUUGCCAGAGCAGCAGCAAUUGGAUCCAGCAGAUUUAGCUAAAGCAGGAUUUUACUCUGCAGGUUUGCAAGAUUGUGUGAGAUGUUUUUUCUGUAGUGUAGGAAUGAAAAACUGGCAACAAGGCGACAAUCCGUGGGUCGAACAUGCAAGGUGGUCUCCCAACUGUGCAUAUGUCAAACUGUGCAAAGGACAAAUAUUUGUUAACAUUUGUAGCGCUGCAGUAAAUGGUGAUCAUGUCGCAGUUUAUGAUGAAGAGUCACAGCUGGAUCAAGAAAAUAUUCCCGAUGACUGGUUGAUAGAAAACGUUAACAGUGCUGCAGCCAAAUUUGUGUUAUCCGCGGGAUAUAGACAAGAAGACGUUGAAAAUGGUGUUCUGUUUGCAAGACGAAAAUACGGUUCAACUCAAAUGAAAGCUCAGUUUAUCAUGGAAUACUUGCUAGAAACAAAUACUAAAAGCCCUGCGCAACAGCUUUCAGCCAGAGGAAACAACGAAACAUCAGAACACGUAAACCAAACUUAUUCCGAAGAUAGAAAAGAAAAACCACACAAUUCUGUCAGAAACGUGACAGAAGCACAAACAAGUACAAAUGGUCCAAAACACAAAUCAGAAAAACAAAGGCUACUUGAAGAAAACCGUAGACUAAAGGAUCUUAUAACAUGCAAGAUUUGCUUGGACAAUGAAGCCUGUGUUGCAUUUCUUCCGUGUGGACAUCUGACUUCAUGUGUAGAAUGUUCAAAAAAUUUGAGAAAAUGUGCAAUUUGUAGAACAAUAGUGCAAGGGACAGUGAGGGUGUACCAAUCUUGAGUCACUGUAGUUCUGCAUGAGGACAAAUAAACUGGGGGCAUUAUUACAGAGGUGUUCAGCAUUCUGACUGAUCAUUAUUUUGUUUAAAGAGGAUUUGUUUACAACUAAAGGCAGCUAAUAUGAAAAAUUACCAGUUACUUCCAUCCAUUUUAUUUGUUAAUCUAUUUAUUGAGUAAACGUGUCAUGUAUUUUAGUUCUAUGGUAUACAUAUUGAUUGUCGCUAUAAAUAAUCAGAUUUACAGAAGAA